GGUUGAUAGUAAAGCACGUCGUGUCUCGUGGAACGCAAAACAGUACGGACAAUGAAAGGAAAAGUGAAAGCAGUGGCCGUCUGUCUCACUUGAAAACGAUGAAAAUGUAGUGAAAAUGUAUCCGCUGCACACUCAACCCACAAAUAAAGCCAAUCAAGUUGAAGUGAAAGUGAUUAAAUUCGAAUGAUACUAACCGAACAGGAGACCAGCGAACCAACGGGAAUACGGGCGAAUACUUAACGCGUUACUUAUACGAAUAAAUAAUUACAUUGCCACCAACACUGGAAAUACAAAUAAUAGCAAUACCAACAACAAACCCCCAUUAGAUUGUAGUCCAUAACCGACCCAAGGGAUUUUACAUAAUCUUUUUUUCACUCGCAUCGAACAUCGACGAAGGCAACAGAUUUGAGAGCUCAACGGUGCGAUUUGAAGGCCCCUCCCCAAGUGCUUAGAACAGCUAUGGAAUGAACAUUAAGGAGCAUCGCACAGUAUCCAUACUCAAGUGUCCUUUCCACGAACAAACAAAAUGCUAAAAACUGUUGGCACAACAAUAGCCUGCAGUUUAGUCAUUAUGCUGGUGCUUCACACAACCCCCGUCAGAUGCAAACGAAGAGAAAUGAUUGCCGGUCGACUGGAAAAUGUCACCCAGACCAUUACAAAAAUAUUGAAAGGAUACGAUAUUCGACUAAGACCGAAUUUCGGAGGAGAGCCUUUGCAUGUGGGAAUGGACCUGACAAUAGCAAGUUUCGAUGCCAUUUCCGAAGUAAAUAUGGACUACACAAUUACCAUGUAUCUGAAUCAGUAUUGGCGCGACGAGCGGUUAGCGUUCAAUGCAUACGGUCCCUACUACGAUGACGAUGCGGAUGAUGAUGGCGUCAAUGAUGUGCUCACACUGUCGGGAGAUUUUGCAGAGAAAAUUUGGGUGCCGGAUACAUUUUUUGCGAACGAUAAAAAUAGCUUUUUACACGACGUUACCGAACGCAAUAAACUGGUGCGUUUGGGUGGGGACGGAUCCGUCACCUAUGGCAUGCGAUUCACAACAACACUAGCCUGCAUGAUGGAUUUGCACUACUAUCCCCUGGAUUCACAAAACUGCACCGUGGAAAUUGAAAGCUAUGGUUACACUGUCAGCGAUGUCGUCAUGUAUUGGAAACCCACACCAGUGCGCGGUGUCGAGGAUGCACAACUGCCACAAUUUACAAUAAUCGGCUACGAGACAAACGAUCGCAAGGAACGCCUCGCCACUGGGGUGUACCAACGUUUGUCGCUCUCCUUCAAGCUGCAGCGCAACAUCGGCUACUUCAUCUUCCAAACAUACCUGCCAAGCAUUUUGAUCGUUAUGCUCUCCUGGGUUUCAUUUUGGAUAAAUCACGAGGCAACUAGUGCUCGUGUGGCAUUGGGCAUAACCACUGUCCUCACUAUGACUACCAUAAGUACGGGAGUACGGAGUUCCUUACCCAGGAUAUCAUAUGUCAAAGCCAUAGAUAUUUAUCUGGUCAUGUGUUUUGUGUUCGUCUUUGCUGCCCUAUUGGAGUAUGCGGCCGUCAAUUAUACCUACUGGGGCAAGAGAGCCAAAAAGAAAGUGAAACGUGGCAAAGAUGGCGACAGUAAGAAAUCAGGGAAACAAGAUAAAUCCGAAACCUGUUCAACUGCCGAGGAUAUCAUCGAGCUGCAAGACGUGCGCAUGAGUCCCAUACCAUCGCUGCGCAAGGGCAACUACAACAGCACACUAAAUUCUCUGGGUGCAGAAACAUUGGAUUUGGCCAAAUUUCCACCGAGUUUUCGAAUUGCACGCAACUAUGGAACCACAAGUCGUUCUAAUCUUAGAUACCGGGGUCAGCGAGGCAAUAAACCUCGUGUAAUACAUGCCCUGAAAAAGGGGGCAUCUGCCAUCAAAGCCACCAUACCCAAAAUCAAGGAUGUCAACAUCAUCGAUAAAUACUCACGCAUGGUUUUCCCCGUCAGCUUCAUGGCCUUUAAUCUUGGCUACUGGCUGUUUUACAUUUUGGAAUGAUAGUAUAUCCAAACACUUCACACUUCCAAGUAGAGGCCAUGAAACCCCUUCUUCUGUAGUGUGUAGUGUUGUCGCCGCUGCCGCAAAACCAAACCGCAAAAAAGGGAACACAUGGGCGUUAACACGCUCACAAUCUCUUGUAAAUUUAGAAUAGUUUCAACUGGAGAGAACUCCCACCACCACCACCAAAGCAAAAAUCCUUUUACCCACCCAAGUACACGGACACACCAUCCCGAAUAUCUCCAAAAAUUUUACAAAAUUUGAAACAAAAUGGAGCAAAUGAAAAGAAGGAAAUCAUUAUUUUUUUUUAAUUUUAACAAAUACAAGUUUUUAUGAAAGUCAAGAGAACAGCAGGUAACAAGACACAUAGCUCUCCGCAUUGGAUACAUCUGAUUGUAAUGUCUAUCACCACUUGAUAUCCUUCCAAGCGAUUUUAGAUUUUUAUUAGCUUAAGCCAACAUUUGUAUGUGACAAACUAAGAGUACAACUAACCCAACCCGGAGGAACAGGCUGGCCACAGUCAAGCACGACACAAACCAAUUUCCAAACCAAACAACCUACGAAUUAAGCAAAUCAAUUAAUAAUCCUCACCUUACUGGCCGAACAGAGUCCUAAUUAAUCAUUUAAGUGUAGAUAUUGCCGAAACAAUACGAAAGUAUGGCAUGGCGUAACGAUAAGUGUGUACUAUUGUGAUUGAAAAUUGUUUUUAAUUUUUAAGAACCAAAAACCAAAGUAACCGAACAACAGAACCAUCAUUCGAAUAUCAAUUGUUAGUCAAGUAGAAUAAUCAAAACCAAUAUUACUUAAAUCCAUAGCAAUAAGAUUUCUCCUUUCCAAAAAGAAAAACAAUUCAAAAUGGUGGUAAUAAAACCAAAAAAAAAAAACAGAGACCAUGUCAG